CUGGUCGCUGGGGCUGAGGGUCUGGCUGAGGCAUCUGCUGGAGUGCACAUUGUGCUGCCUUCUGAGCCGACAGCCUGGCUCCCAGUUGUGUGGGCUUUUAGUCAUUCACAGGGAAAUUCUUGGGAGCAGGAGCUAUGCUUGGGAGUGGUGAUAAAUACAGUUAGGAAAAGGACAAAUAAUAGUUCUACUUGCUGCGUUUUAUUACUACGAACAGCAAGCAGCAUGGUAACAGAGCUUUUAGCAAAGUCCUUUGUUGUUCUGGAGAUGCAGAGGUAUUCCGGUAUUUCCAGUAGUUUGUUAUAAUUUGCUCACUGGGAGUGUUUUUAGGGACACUGUUUUGUCCCCACCCAGAACAGAGGAUUCAUGGGCAAAUUGAAGAUACACCACUGCUGAUGGGUUUUCUGCUGGCUGAGGAAGAGGACACUGCGACAGAGUUGUUGAACCCAAAACUGUAAUUCCAGUGGAAGGAAAAGAUUUGUCCCACCUGUUACAGAAAUUGUGUCGCUUCUGGUGUGGUUGUGUUCAGAAGUCAGUAACUUUGCCGGUGAAGCAAAGCUUUUACGGUACCACAAUGGUUAUCCAUCACAUCACAGGAGCAAUGUUGGCUUUCUCUGGGGGCAGGAGGAUGGCCAGUUGCAUGAGAGAAGUCACGUACUGGAAAAUGAAGAGAAAACCUUCAAAGUACAGGAUAUCCAAGAAGGCUGUGCAUUACUGUAAUGAGAAAAGCUGUGGUAACUUGGCUGGUCCUCAAAAAUUCUGAUGGAAUGUGAAGGGUCCAAGUGGCCCCAUCCCACAUGAGAAGAAUGUAAUCUCUCAAAAAAGGAAUUAUAAACAGCAGAUAGGGGCUAGAAAGGUAAAAAGGGGUGUGGGGAGCAGGAGGCACUCUCUGGGAAAGCUCUUCUUGGAGAGCCACGUCUAUCCGAGUUGCUUUGUGGAAGCAUUUAAGUGAGUUAGUCGAGAAAUAACAUUUGUGUUCUGCAAUGUCUUUGCAAAAAAACACCCUUAUAACUUGUAUUUGUUACUCAGAACCUAAAGUUUGACUUCGUGGGUAAAUUCAGAUUUGAAACCUUGUUUCUUAUAAGGAUUCAUGGGCAAUCCCACUGGGCAGAAAACUAGUCCAGUUUGCCUUUCUUCUUGUAAAAAGUUUUAAGCUUGUUCAGAAGCUCUCCGCAAAAGUGUUUUCUAUAUCAGCGUAGAUCCAUGUUGUAGUUUGCUGAAGAGGCCAGUGAAAUGGAGCUAUGGAGCUGAGUCCCUAGUCUUACUUUAAAAACCUAUCUUGCCUUCCUUUAUAUUUAGGUGGGUUUGAUCAUAUAACAACUGUAUAACAACUCGUUUUGCGUCUGGACUUGCUGUAUUCCUUUAAUUUGCAUGCUCUGUCUUGGUGCAGCUCUGGCUUCCAAGGACAUUUGAGUAAAAGUUGUUGCCUAAGCACAGCAGCUGCUCAUGCAGAUAAAUAAAAAUUUAAUGAAGUGAUGUAUUUCAGAUUAAUGCAACAUACAGCAAAAUGGAUGAAGGAUUGUCCUUUUAUCUUUUUAUUGUCUUGUGUAUGUUUAAUACAAAAGCAUUCAGUAUUUGCUGAACAGAUGGCUACUGUAGUGAAAAAGAAUCUAUGAACAAAUUUAUAGGUGAAAGUUUAAUUCCAGUAGUUUAUAAAGAGCUUUUUCACAGAAAAAAAAUGUACUCAUCACUUUUUAGAUGAUUAUCUAAAAUUGAUCAUUUGGACAAAAAUAAGUCAUUUGUACACAGACAUUUAAAGCAGAAUAUAAACUGUUGGUAAUGUAUAAAAGCUGCUGUGCCAUGAACAUCUGUCAUCUGCCGUCCUGAACUUCCACUCAUUACAGCAUUAACUUUUCAUUGGAUCACUGAUUGACUGACUGCAGGGAAGUGGCAUUUAAUUAUGUUUAAGUUUAUCCUACUGAGUACUGAGAAACAGCUAUAAAUACUUCAUUUGAAACUGGAAUGCAGCGUGUUUAGGCAAAUAUUGUGAUCGUUCUUGCUUUUAUUUUCUGAGGACGGGAGCUCAGAUGUGUACAGCUCGUUGACAGUUCAGUGUGCACAACCCUCUAACAUCAUGUAAAUCACUUUGAAUUUUUGCAGCCAUUAUCUAUUUGGCAUGUUAUGUGAUUCCUUUUCCAAAACAAUUUUGUUAUUUUUCCAUUGUGUGAUGUUUAAUAUUAUGCACUGAUGACAUUCCAGACUGAAGCAUAUUGAUAGUAUUACAUAAAAUUACCGAGUUUGUGUUCAGUCUGGUAAUCUCAACAAAAUUGGUGUUAUAUGAUAUACCCAGUAUUACCUAUGUUACACUUUUUUCCUUUAGAGAAAUUAAAAAAUACUCGUACAUACAUUCUGCUACAAAAUAAACACUUUAAUAAUGAACUCUGUAAUUCAUACCAGAUAGAACUUGUUUCCUAUUAUAGUCAAAACAGUCCUUGCGAAUUGUUAGGUUUCUUGGCUUUUAUGAAAUGCAAAUUCAUUUAAAAAACACACCUUCCCAAUUCACUAUGCAGAAGUAAAAUCUCUGAAUUAAGUUUUUGCUUAUAUGUGUCAAGAAUAAUGUCAAAUAAAUUGUAAACAUUUUUCAAGAAGUGGUAAGCUUUUUUGAUACCUCCUGAAAUGAAGUGCUUUAUUUACUACAAAAAAUUUACUAAGUGAAAUGAGACGCAGAGCUUGCAAAAUUGCCUGCUAACCACCUUCCUGCCUUGCAGGAAGCUUCAAGCACUUCCAUUCCUGUUUCACAAUUACACAGGACACUCCAUCACUACCAAAUGUGACAAACCGGUAUAGUAGUUUGUGUUUGAUAGCUGAGAGUAGGAACAAAAUUACUUUGUGGUUUUCUUCUGAUUUUCAAGGCAGAAAAAGAAAAAUGCGCAGUGCCAUUGCAUUUCCAAAAGAGCAUUUUAAUGCUAGUUACAGAAGUUACUUUGCGGCACACUUUGCUGCAUUAACCUCCCUGUCAGAGCUUGCCAAAGUGCUUGAGUAACUCUGAAUUUUCAUAGCUCUAAUGACUUUCCUUUUGUCAUAAAUUAGACCAGGAAAGAGUAAACAGCUCACUGCAGUCCUGGAGAUGUGUAGCUUUCUGCGGCUGGCAGAGCCGCCUGCUUUGCCCAGCACAGGGCAGGGUCGUGCCUGUCGGGGCAGAGAGUUCGAGGAAAGCUGGAGAGCAGGGGGUGAGCUUGUCGCACACAUCCCUUAGGUGUGAUCAAGUGAUAAAGGAAAUGUGGUGCCCUUUGGGAGGGUGUGUACCUAUGAGGAACAGGAAGCAGCUCGGCGGGUGCCUGCCCUGCCUGCCUGCUGCAGAGGUUGGUGGCUCCGGCGGGCGCAGGUGUGCCGACACACCGCCCAGCCGCUGCUCUCCAGGCAUCUUGGCAGGGCGCUCCUCGGCACCCGCAGCUGGGAGAGGCGGGGGAAAGAAACCCAGCCCAAAGCCAAAACACCCCCCCUCACCUUUAAAAAAAACCAACCCUCCUCCAGGUAGGGGAAUAUGACGGCCUUGCAGCUGAAAGAGUUGUCACAUUCAGGUCUGUACAGGAGGAGACGGGAUCGUCCUGACAGUGUCCUGCCCGGGUCGCAGGAAGAGAACCUGAGCAACAUGGCGAACGCGCUUGCAAACGCCAUCUGCGAGCGCUGCAGGGGGGGCUUUGCCCCUGCCGAGAAAAUUGUCAACAGCAAUGGUGAGCUGUACCACGAGCAGUGCUUCGUCUGUGCCCAGUGCUUUCAGCAGUUCCCCGAAGGGCUCUUCUAUGAGGUAAGCAGGACAGAGGACCCCUCCUGUCCCCAUGCCCCCUCUUGAGCCUUCAUUCCCAUAGCAGAAGUAGCUACAGGCAGGUGGAUAGCUUAGAAGGGCCCAUGGGAGGAUCUGGGCUCUGAAAGAGUUUGCCCAGGAAAGAGAGAACAAAACCAGGAGCAUUUCUGUGCUAAUUUGGAGGACAUCAAUGUACAGAAAGUUCUUUAAAUGUGGACCCUAAUGUUAUCAGCACUGAGAGAAAAAUUCCUGGAGAUCUUUUUCUCAGUGCAAAUUUUUUUCCGUGAAACUUGUGAAUCUGAUGUAUCAUACCAGAAAAUAAGUAGGAAACAUACUUCUUAGAGGAGAAAGUCAUAUAGAGGGAAAUCCCAGCAUCCUGUGGUCCAUAGGAGGUUUAUAGCUGAGUUGAGUGAAUCCAGUUUGGCAUUGGAAAAGAGAUGAUCUGUAUGUGAGCAUGCUGUGAUCUGAACCAGACAGGGCCAGUGUAAGAUCAGCUCUAAAGUUUAACAGUCUAGAGCAUUCAAAAUUAUCGAUUCUUAACACACUUUCAGGAGUAUUAAGACCUGAUUACAUUAAUAUUUCUCGGCUCCCGGUUGAUUUGCCUCAGCUUAAGAGGGUAUUUUGGAAUAGGUUUCAUUUUCUUUUACGUUCCCUUAUCAUGGGAAUUUAGAGUGUGGCUCAGCACAAAGUGGUAGUGAAAGCUCUAGACUGGUUCAUAAAAUACAAAGUGAUUAGUAUAGGGAACAAUAAAUGGUGUGAGACAGGGAAUUACUGUCAGAGAGACAAGGCCCUGCUCAAGUAGCUUACAAUCCAUCUUAGGGUAGCAGUUACAGGAUUUGUGUCAUAUGAUGAUCUGAAAAGGAAAAUGAGCAGAGUGUAAAAGGAACAAUUCUGUGCUCUCACAUACAGGUGUCAUCUUUGGCAAGAGCACAAUAGUUUAUUUUCCAUGAAGCAUUUCUAAUUUUACAGAGCCGUGUUAUGUGGUGAUGCGAGGCUGAGGAAGGAGUGUGGAUUGCAAAAGAGACUGGCUAAGGGGAUUCCUGGGGAUUUGCUUUUUCUCACCUUGUUUGAGGAUCAAAAGGCUCUAGGAAUAGUGUUACACAAAUUGUAGUAAAUUAGCCUCUAGUGUUCCAUAAGACAUCAAAAGGUGAGCUGCAAGGCAGAAUUAAUUAAAUAGAAACAAAAGAACAUCCCCCUAGAUACUUAACAAGUUGCAUUACAAUUGUUAAUAUAUACCAAGCUGACUCAGGAAAGAGUCCAUCCUGACAUGUCAAGACUUGAGGCAAAUGUAGUGAUAUGAAUGUUUCUAAACUAAAAUAUUUGUAAUUAUGUUCAUAAAAUUGUCUUAAACUAAUAAAAUGUAUUUUCUCCUAAUAAUGAAUACUUUAUUCAUUCUUUUUCUGACUCAAAAAACAAUGAGUCAAUCCAGAGACCUCUUUCAGAAACUUGAAUGGUCCUUAAAGAUAAAAGUUUGGGAAAUCAUGCUCUAGGCAGCCUGUAUCUUCUAGAGGAAACUACAGCAGAAAAAAAGUCCUACUUUUGGACAAAGGUCAGGAAUGUUACAAUCUCUGUGUUGCUCAUGAGUGGCCAUACCUGAAUCUCCGUGGCAAGUAUCCUAGUAGUGCUUAGAUGUACUGAAUGUAGGCAUUUUGCUUCCUACUACUGCUACCUUGUUAACAUUCAUAUUCAUGAUGAUUGGUCUUUGAGCACUCUCUUUCUGAAACAUGCUGCUCUCAAAGACAGUGAGUCAGAAGUGAGUACCUGUAGAUUGUCUCAGGAAUUAAAAUAACACUGUGUGCUAAACAGGUUUUGGCUAAUGUUGCUAGCGUUUUGGUUUUUUUUUAGGCUGGGUAGCCUGAGAAAUGUUACAUAGAAAGUGGAAAGUUUCAGUUAAGGAUAGAUACUUCUUGCCACAAUUAUUACAGAGGUAAAAUAACAUCGGAUAGGCUCAAGGUGCUGCGCCUGUUCGGACUCAAGAAGAGACGACUGAGAGGGAACCUCACCAAUGUAUAUAAUCAUCUGAAGGGAGGGCGUCAGAGGAGGAAGCCAGGCUCUGCUUGGUGGUGCCAAGCAAUAGGACAACAGGUAACGGGCAGAAAUUGAUGCACAGGCAGUUCCACCUGAUAAUGGGGAAAAACUUUACUGUGCACUGGUACAGGUUACCCAGAGAGGUUGUGAAGUCUCCCUCACUCGAAAUACUUAAGAAUCAUCUGGAUGCAAUUCUGCAUAGUGUGUUCUAGGAUGACCUUGCUUGAAGAGGGAGGCUGGACCAGAUGACCCUACCUCCAACCUGACCCAUUCUGUGAUUCUGUGAGAGGAAGGAAAGCCCUGAGCGGUAGAAGGUGGGCUUAGGUUGGUGAGUGCUCAGGAGUGGCUGACAGUGCUCAGAGGACUUGAGAUAAUCUGUAUCACUGUCAAGAAAAACUGACUGGAGAAGAUGGGCAGAAAGGGCAUCUUCUUCAGACUGGCUUAAUGUAGUCUUUGAGAAGAUGGAUGUGUUUGGAGGUGUGGCCAGGUAAUGUGUUUUUCUGAGCAGGUUCCCGUGGGUAAACACAGGCAUUGUUGGUUGCCCAGUAUGAGCUUGUGUUUACUCUGUGCCUGGUUUAGCUAAGCUAGUAUUUCUUGGAAAUGAUUUCCAGCUCUUAGCAAUUAGGAAGACAAAUAUUGUUCCCCUGCCUAUUGCAGGCCUUGCAGGGUUCCCCCAGUUAGUCAUUAAGCUGCUUAUCACACUUGCUGUCAACACUGCCAUGAUAAGCCUUCACGCUGUGUUCCACAGGUAGGGGUGGAACUGGUCAGGUCUCCUGUGCUGCAGGACUUAUCUCUGGGCUGCCUUGCAAGGACCCCCAUCAGCACAGCUCGCUGUGCUGUGGCACUGGAGCCAAGUCACUCGCAGGCACAAGUGGUGCCCAUCCACUGCUUAGAGUCUGCACAGCAUAGCAGGGGUUUAGUGGACGUCCUCUUGAGCCUGUGUUAGAAAUGAUAGUUUGGAUUCCUGAGACCUGCAUGCCUAAUGUUGCACAGAAACGGUGGGUACGGUGUAUUUGAUUUGUGUUCCACUUUGCUCAGUAUCAUCAUUUUAGCAAGUUUUUUUAUGCACUCAAUCGAAACAAAAAUUAGCACAAGCAUAUUCCAGUAGAAUUCUCUGUUCUUUGCUGUUAGGUGCGAAGAGGCAGCAAUUCUGGUGUGCUUCUACUCCACCACCUGGAAGAUGUGUAUUCCCUAGAGCUGCUAUUGUAGAGUUUCUCUGCAGAUAGCAGUGCACAGUUCUAUACUAAUGGCAGAACAGAUGGUCAUGUUUGUUUCUAUUCCAGUUGUACCUUGAGUGUUUUCUUAAAAUGGUUUUUAUCAAAAGCUGCCUUAGAGAAACAAUCUCUAAAGUCUCAGUUUUUGUGCAUGACUUUCCACUUAAGUUAGCUAAAAACAUACAGGUAAGCUGGAGGUUACUUCACAGUGAGAUGUUUUAUGCAGAGCCAUUCAGCUCAGGGACCUUCAGCAUACAACAGUAAAAUGAUCUUACUUUUAAACUAUGUACUGUAAGAUUUGUUACAGAAGCUCAAGGCUUUCUGUGAUAACUGCUGGGUCAUCCACAAAGGGCGGCACAAAGGAGCAGAGGUUGAAAAUAGAAACAAGACUGAGUGGAAACCGACCUGCCUGAUGCAAACAAAGAGGGGAAGAAAACCUGUUUGAUCUGUUCAGAUCAACAUGUGGUGGCUUUGAAAUCCAAGCAAACCUAAGCAUCCCCCAUUGGACCACCUGUUUAAACAGAACAGGAAGCUUUCAAUUUUUUUUCAGUCUGGAAAGGAUUUUAUCAUGCAGGAAGCAAGCACAAUUCACAAUGAAUGAGUAAUUUCCAUUAUUCCUUGAGAAAGUAAUAGCCCUGUACCUCUCAAUUAUUAGUUUUUUAAAAGCCCAAAUUAAAAAGUAAUCUGUUUUAGAGUAUUACACUGGAAUAGCACUUGAUAAAUUUCUGACAGAAACUUCUGAAAAGGUCUGUACUGAGUUAAUGUCUUUCUCUUCCUAAUAGGUGCAAUUCAGGUUUGACACAGGAAUUUUGUAACCAUAAAUAUCUAAUGAAAUGUUUUAUUAGAUCCCCAUCCUGCCAUUUGCAAAAGUAUUUAUUAUAUUUAUAUUGUAUUAGAUCCUUGUCAUUUCAUAUUAUACAAGAGGUGAUCUGGAACCACAUUUCUGUAAUUUCUGUCCAUGCACAAAACCUUACUUUCUGAGUAGUAUUUUGUGCUACUCACUUGGUUUUGUCUUAGACGCAGUGAAAAGAAAGGAGCGAGGUUUCCUGCUGUCCUCCUUGUUCCACUAUUUAAACUGAGACGUUCAUAUCCAAACAUUUUGUAGCAUACCUGAUAUUGUCUACCUGGUUUUGACAUGCUCAUUGGCAUUUGUGUCCAAUAAUAAUGAUGCCCGAAGGUAUCUAAACAUUUCCCUUCAUUUCAGCACAUAUUUGCCUACAUGUUUUUACAUAUUCUUUGGCUAAACUACUAAUGCAGUGCUGUUGAAUCUUAUUAUUCCAUAUGUUGGGUUUUGUUUUUUUUUUCAAUGGGAGCUUGAACUGUAGCUGAACUUACAUAAGCUGUGAUAAAAUUCAAAUUCCUUAAAAUCAAUUUAACUUGAUCGAUGUACUGAACUUUGCUCUUCAAUAUUUGGACUUGAUUAUCUUAAGGGUCUUUCCCAACCUAAAUGAUUUAAUGAUUCUAUGAAAUAAGUAUCAUGAAGGAAAAGGAUUAUUUCCCUUCAUGUUUUGGCUGACUGCUCCAUAAAUUGCAAAGAUUUCUGCCCCUGGGUGUUCUUCCUACCCCAACCUCCACUUUCUGGUAUGCUGGGUCAUUCUGGCAGGAAAUGUAGAAUGAGGAAGACAUCAAAUAGGUUUGAGAAAAAUGCUUCUCCCCUCCUGCUGGCCAAGGCUGUUUGUUAGCUAAUUUCCUGCUCAGAAUGUGUUUGGUUGCUUCAGUUUCAGUAGUCUGUCAAAAUUCAGACGUCUCUUGUGAUGUAAAUGGGUGACAGAAAAUGCCUUGCACUCUCAGCAGUACUGGAGAAAUGGUGUGCUAUUAACACUACAUGCUAACUAGUAGGUGAAUUAAGGUGGGUGGAUGUAAUACCUAGCAUACGUAGCUCAUGGUCUGGUUGUUUUUGCUCAGCCCCUCAUGUUUUACUACCUAAUUGUAUCUGGAAACACACCAGGCUGUUACAGCGUUUAUGUUAAGUGCAAGUUCCUCAUUCCUCUUUCU